AUGGGUAAUUGUGCAGGAAAGCACGUCUCUCCUCCUCCUACAGAACAAAGUAGCGAUGUUCAUGCGUUGCAUAAUUCGUGUGAUCCUUCCAAAUAUGUCGUGAGAACAAGUUCUCAACCUACGGACUUGUGUGAUAGUUACAAAUCUAAUUCAUUAAAAGUAAUUCACGAAGACGGACUAAUAAAUAAACUCGUAAUAACAAAAGAGCAUGAAAAAGUUUCAUCCUGCGUAACUCGCGAGAGAUUUUACACUGGGAGAGAUUUGUCUUUUGGGAGCAAGUCCAAUCUAUCAACUCCGAAAACUUCUCUUGUCAAUGUUUUCGCUGGAAGCCAUUGCACUGAAGGUCCUCAGGAAACAGUACUUUCCAGUAGCUUUCACUUUCCGAGGUUGGCUUUAGAGCAGAUGACGAGAGAUAUGAGGGUUCAUCAUUCUGGCGUACGAAACAGUGCAAAUUUCGAUUACUUAGAUAAUAAGCAUUCUAUUAGUCCAGUUCACUGGUGCGUUUCUUCAAGUAAGCCAUCAGACGAGAAUGAUAUGCAGAAAAGAAAUUCUCCACAUCGGAGUAAUAUUCAUGUACAAUCACAUUCGCAUUUACAACAACAUUCCUCGUUGAAUAUUAUGCCUUUCUUGGUUGGCAACAGGUAUUCCCGAAGUGGCUGUGCAAGUGUAACUCGAAGCGCGAUGGAAUCCCCACUCACAAUCGAUUCAGGGACUCACAAAUCGGACAAACCUUAUAGAUCAUCUGUUGUUGUUGACUCCAAUCGUCUGAAAAAUCUUGAGCAAAAUAGCGGAACAGUUAGCACUGCUGCAACAAUUUUUAUGGAAAAUGGUAGUUCGGAUCAUCAUUCUUCCGUCGGUGGUCUUUCAACUCGUUAUCUUGUUCAUCAGCCUUAUUUUCCUUCAAGUGCUGGCUCAUCCAGUCGUCUUAGUUUGGGUUCGGUUGGUCCAUGUAUAAAUUCGAAGAAGUUCUACCCUCUUACACAAGAAAACUCCCACAACAGUGAAUAUUAUCACGUUGCCAUUUUCGACUAUGAAGCUCAUACAUCAGAGGAAGUUAGCGCACGAAAAGGUGAUCAACUUCGAGUUUUGGAUUUAAGUGAUUCAGAAUGGUGGUUGGUUGAACAUUCUGGACAAGUUGGUUACAUUCCAUCAUCUUAUUUAGCUCAAGCCAAUUCUGUUGAAGCUGAAGAUUGGUACUUCCGAAGCAUAUCAAGAAAAGAUUCAGAACCUAGUGAAACAACAAAUGGUGCUCUAUCCUUGUCAGUGCGUGAUACAGAACAACAAAGGGGUGAAACUGUAAAACAUUAUAAAAUUAAACAAUCCUCUGAAACUGGUGAUGUGUAUAUAACUACAAAACAAGUCUUUCCUGAUUUAAAAUCAUUAGUUAUUCAUUAUUCUAAUCAAGCGGAUGGUUUAUGUUGUUGUCUUACACGUCCAUGUCCAAGACCACCUCCUGUACCAACUGAUUUAUCAAGAUUAACAAGAGAUCAAUGGGAAAUUUCACGUUCUUCGUUGAAAUUAAUUGAAUUAUUAGGUGCUGGUCAAUUUGGUGAAGUUUGGAAAGGAAAAUGGAAUGAAACUAUUGAAGUUGCUGUGAAAACAUUAAAACAAGGUACAAUGACUAAAGAAGAAUUUCUUAAAGAAGCACGUAUUAUGAAACAGUUACAUCAUCCAAGACUUUUUAUUAAAUAUUUACGUGAUGGUCCUGGCAAAGAAUUAGGAUUGAAACCAUUAAUUGAUAUGAUGGCACAGAUUGCCAGUGGUAUGGCUUAUUUAGAAAAGGAACAUUAUAUUCAUCGUGAUUUAGCCGCAAGAAAUAUACUUGUCGGUGAAAAUAAUUCAGUGAAAGUUGCUGAUUUUGGAUUAGCUCGAAUUAUUGAUAGUGGAAAUGAAACAUAUACAGCUAAACAAGGUGCUAAAUUUCCUAUAAAAUGGACUGCACCAGAAGCUGCAUUAAUGGGUAGAUUUACAAUUAAAUCAGAUGUAUGGUCAUUUGGUAUUGUUAUAUAUGAAAUUAUUACUUAUGGACAAGUACCAUUUCCAUCAAUGAAUAAUACAGAAACAUUACAACAAGUAGAAAAUGGUUAUCGUAUGCCAUGUCCAUUAAAUUGUCCUAAUUCUAUAUAUGAAAUAAUGUUAAAUACAUGGAAUGCUAAACCAGAAUGUAGACCAACAUUUGCUUUUUUAUGUAAUUAUUUUGAAGAUUAUUUUACAUCAUCUGAAUUGUCAUAUCGUCCAGCUGAUAAUACUAAUAAUAUUGAUGAUAUUGAUGAAAAUGUUGAUGAUGAUAUUCGAAUGUUUCAUUGUAAUAAUAUAAAUGAUCAUGAUCAUUGUCAAAAUAAACAUCAUUUAGAGAAACGUAAAUUAAAUUCAACGUUAUUAAGUCAAGAUACAACUAUCCUAUAUGAUCAACGUAAUAAUAAUAAUACGAAUACGAAUACGAAUAAUAAACAAAAUGAACAUUCUCCAUUGCAUCAUUUCAAUGAGAAUUCAAUGACAACACAACAAUUAUCAAAUUCAUCGCAUAUUUGUACAGUUCAAAUGUGUUAA